GUAAUGAGAAAUGUGAGAUGGGACUGGGUCGGUUUUUCUUCGAAAAAGCCGACGAAUUCGCCGAUCGUAUAUGCACGAUCGACGCCAACUUCGACGUGAAAGAGACGUACGCGAGUCUGAAAACAAGGGCGAUACGCACGGCACUCGCCCUCAGGAGGCGGGGGAUAAAACAGGGGGACAUCGUGAUGAUUUGUUCGAACAACAAUCUGAACAAUAUAGUACCGUUCAUAGCCGCCCUCUAUUUGGGUGCCAAAGUGGCGUCGAUUGAUCCCAGUCUGUCGCCCCUGGAUUGUCAGCAUUGUAUCAAAAUCGUGCCCCCCAGUGUGGCUUUCGUGCAGGACGAGAGUGUUUAUAUGGUGGAGAAGAGUUUGAAGGAAACCGAAAACGGGGCGGAGAUUAUUGUGUUGGGACAGUCUUUUGAAUAUGCUACGCUGGAGAGUUUCCUUCAGCCCACGGAGGAGGAAACGACCUUCAGGCCUGUGGAUGUGGAUGUGAAAGACACGGCGAUCAUUUACUUCAGCAGUGGUACCACUGGUAUGCCUAAAGGAAUUUGCUGCACUCACGAAGGGUUGUAUUUAAAGCAGAAAACAGUCCUAGAUCUGGACUACGUCAAUGCUGACGUUGUGUUCCACUUCACCUCCCUCUAUUGGAUAUCAGCUGCCAUUUGCCUUAUAAUGACAUUCAUCAAGGGUGGCUGUAGAGUACUUACCACAGACGGAACCCCCGAGGGGGCACUGCAAAUUUUCGAAAGAUACGGCGUAACAUUUUCGUUUAUGGCUCCGAUAUUUGCACUGAAAUUGGAUUCGGUGCCGAAUGAUAAGUACGACCUUUCAUCUCUGUAUUCGUUGUGUUUGAGUGGUACGCCGUUAAGACUUGAACACAUGCAAAGAAUAAGAAAGUUCUUUAAAGACACAAAGGUGCAACUGUGUUAUGGAAUGACGGAAAUUCAGGGGUACGCCACAUGUUUCGAUUUUAAAGAUGGUGACCUGUAUUUAAUGAAAGAUGGUUCUUCGGGUAAAACUACACCGGACACGGAUAUAAAGAUAGUGGACAUAGAAACAAGGAAGUUGUUGCCUCCAAACAAACGUGGAGAAAUUUGUAUAAAGACCCCAUAUUUGUGUGCUGGGUACUACAACCAAGACAUAACCGACAACAUAGACGAAGAAGGGUACUACAAAACGGGUGACGUAGGCUACUAUGACGACGACGAGUGCAUCUACGUGGUGGAUCGUAUAAAGGAGAUGUUUAAAUAUCAAUCGUGGCACAUCGUGCCCACUUUUCUGGAGCAAAUCCUGAUGGAACAUCCGGAUAUUCAAGAAUCGGUUGUCUUUGGCAUUCCGCACGACAUCGACGGUGAUCAUCCAGCAGCUUGUGUCGUGCUGAAAGAGGGUUCUUCCGCCACGGUGGACGAGCUGCACGAGUUUUACAACGCCAGGGUGGCGGAUCGUCAGAAAUUGAGGGGUGGCAUAAAGUUGGUUAAGAGCAUACCGAAGACUCCGUCUAACAAAUUUCUUAGGAGGAAGGCACGAGAAAUGUUUUUAAAUAUGCAAUAAAUAAAUAUUUUUGUGUCUAAUUUUUUUAUUCAUUAUAAAAGUUGUUUUAUUGCUCUCUAACUUUGAUACCCUUUUCAAAUACAAAUAAAAAUACAUGCUUAAUUCA